AUGAUGGGACGGCAGCUUAGAAGUCGCAGCUUCCAGCCCGUUGCUGUGGCUGACUUUUGCCUGGCAGCAGGCUUGAUGCAGCACCAAGUGGCCAUCGUCACCGGCGGGGGUACGGGCAUCGGAAAGGCCAUCGCGACCGAGCUCCUGCAUCUAGGGUUUAAUGUGGUCAUUGCAUCCCAUGAGUCUGAUAGAUUAAAAUCUGCUGCAGAUGAACUGAAGGCCUGUCUGCCUCCUACCAGCCAGGCUCAAGUCACUCCCAUAAAAUGGAACAUCUGUAAUGACAAGGAGCACCAUCUGGAAGCAUCUCAUCCACCUGGAUCUCCCAGUAAUGCUAGCCGGAAUCAAAUCCUUCAGAACCCAGGACUACUGGAUAAGCCGCAUAGUGGAGCUGCCAGAGAAGGUGUUUACAACCUCACCAAAUCCUUAGCGGUGGAAUGGGCCAGCAGUGGAAUAAGGAUCAAUUGUGUUGCCCCUGGAAUCAUUUAUUCCCAGACUACUUUUAACAACCAUGGUCAUUUGGCAAAAGACUUAUUUGAAGGGUACUUUCAGAAAAUCCCAGCUAAAAAACUUGGAGUUCUUGAGGAGGUCUCCACCUUGGUGUGCUUCCUGCUGUCUCCUGCAGCUUCCUUUAUCACCGGACACUUGGUGGAUGUGGAUGGGGGCCAGUCUCUGUACACACACUCAUUUGAGAUACCAGAUCAUGACAACUGGCCCGAGGGAGUAGGGGACCUUUCUUUUGUCAAAAGGAUUAAAGAGUCUUCUAAGCAAAGAGGCAAGCUCUUGGCUAAGGAAACAUGGAAGUGUCCUUUGUCCCCAAAUACCUUAACAUCUCAACAAUGCACUUCUAUACUUUACAGGAACAUAUAAUCUGUAUGGAAAACUUACAUUCUGAUUUUUUAAUGUUAUCAAUUACAUCUAUGCAAAAACUAUUCCUGAAAUAAAUGCAUUUUUAAGUCCCAACAAAUGCCCUUUAGCUUGUGAUCAAAAAAAUUUUUAGGAAUGGAAGUUAACAUACUUUAUGAUUAUACUUUUUAUUUCUAAGAAUGGUAUUUGAAAAGUGAAAUAUUUCAAUUUAAUGGUAGGGGUAUCAUGAUCUCCCAAAAGGAUUUAAUAUUUAAUUGUAAAGGUAGGCAGUAAAUCUAAAUUGUGGCAUCAUUAUGAUUUUUACAACAGAAAUAUACAAAGAAUCAUUUUUGGUGGCAGAUAUAAUGCUUUUGGAUCAGUAAAGCUUUAUGUAAUUAUUGCUGUGUGGUUUGUUCAUGAAGCCAAUUUUGUGUAAACCCUCUUAAUUAAAAAGAAAAAUAAAGUCACAAGUAGUA